CUAACCUGUCAAACAUCACUAAAUACGUACAUUUUUACACAAUUGUGUUUUUUAAACCAUUGGUUUCCUGGACUUUUAACUUGCAUUUUCGAAUACUUCAGGUCAAAAACUACAAGACUACAUAUUUUGGAACCGUUAAUUUUUGAUCCCCUAAAACGAAGUUUGACCGAAGCUGAUGCAUCUAUGCAAUUUGUAGCCCAUGGUAAUGCAUUUAUAGUAAUACAAGAUGUCCGUGAAGUUUUAGAAAAAGGAGAGCUUUAUUAUUUUGUAAAGGUUAAAAUUCAUUCAGGUCUACUUUGUAAGCUUUGACAGCUUCGAUUAGUGCUGAUGGAUCUUGGAAACGGACGGAAAAAUUGCGAGAAGAGGUCGGUUACUAUGAACUUUCCAUCAUAAUCUAUGUCACAAGUUAGUUGCUAGAAAGGGGAUACUUUGUUUACAAUGAAAUUCUAUUAAUACCCUAACCAUAAUAGAAGAUACACUGUUCCUAAUUACGUUUUUGACACGGAUGAUGAUUCUGAUUAUGCGAUCAUAAAACGCAUUAAAAUGGAGCCAGAGGCCAUAUUAUCGCAAGAAGACGACAUAAUGGCUCAACUGCAACAAGAAAGUUCCGAUUUGGAAGUAGAACCAAGCUUUGCUUUGGAGGGUGCAGUAAAUGGAGAUGACUGCAACGAAGGUGUACUAAUGCAACACAUGGACAUAAGAGAACCUCUGUCCACUUUAAGAAAUUUAUUAGAACAAAGAUUAGGAGUUGAAUUAACAGACUACUCAUUUUGGCUGCAAGAUGCUCAAAUGCUAGAGAGUCAUAAAAACUUAGUGGACCAAUGCGUUCAAGGAGAAGGACUAGUUCAAGUAAAUGUUCAAAUAAAAGCUAAUCAAAGACGUAUUAAUAUAGUAGAUGUCUUGAAACCUGCCGAAGAUUACAUAGAAUUAGCAGAGAACAGCACAUCCGUUCCAAUUAAUGAAGACAGCAAACGAAACAUAAUUAGAUGGAUGGUUGAUCCACAGUAUAAGAAAGAACAGGAACGGUUAAAAAUUCCAGCCGAUCCAAAAGAAUGGACGCAGACGCACGUGAAGCAUUGGCUUCAGUGGGCAGUGAGACAGUUCAAUUUAGCAUCGGUGAAAUUAGCUGAUUGGAACAUAACUGGUCAACAGUUAUGCAAUCUUACGCUUGAGGAGUUCCAGGCGAAAGUGCCACUUGAUCCAGGGGAAGUGUUUUGGACUCAUUUAGAGUUACUUCGAAAGUGUAAAUUUGUUGCCGUUGUACAAAAGGACCCUCCAGCAUCACCUACAGAAAAUAACGUUGAGAAGUCAAUCAAAGUUCGAAACCAGAAGACUCCAAAAUCCCGACCGGUGGUGAAUCAACAGGCUCGAGUGGUCAGUGUUCCUUUUGAGAACAUCGAAUCCACGCCAAUUACGAUAGCAACCUCUAGCCGUUCGGUUAACAGUGGUCAGAUACAAUUAUGGCAAUUUUUGUUGGAGCUAUUAACCGACCGGGAGCACAGAGGUGCUAUACAAUGGGUUGGGACCGAAGGAGAGUUCAAGUUGAAUCAACCAGAAGCGGUGGCACAACUUUGGGGUGCGCGUAAAAACAAACCGUCGAUGAAUUAUGAAAAAUUAAGCCGCGCCUUACGCUAUUAUUACGACGGAGAUAUGAUUUCUAAGGUUCACGGGAAACGAUUUGUGUACAAAUUUGUAUGCGACUUGAAGCAAGUUCUCGGUUACUCGGCCGCUGAGCUUAGUCGGUUAGUGGAAGAAGGUAGAAGAUAUUUCUGAUGGAACACUAUUUUUCUACGCUCACAACGAUCUUUAUCAUCCUACUUCCAGAAUAUUUUGCACCAAUCAUUGUACAUAUUCAGUGAAAAAUAUACAAUAUUGUUUAUAUAA